UAAUUGAUUACAGCCUGGAUAUUAAUUUGCACCUUGAAAGAGAAUUGACCGAAUCUGUUAUGCUAUAAAAGUUGAAUAUUAAUUACCAAAAUUUAAACAAAUGCUGAACAAGGCUUUAAAGCACUCGAACCGACAGCAAUCGGAGCCAAUGAUAAUUAAGAAUGUAACACAUUCGGAAAACGCAGCAGAAGUGGCCAAAAAAAAGCAAUUGGUAAUAAGAAAAAACAAUAAUGAGCAUUACGAUCUGCAAAACGAAAAUGAAAAUGAAAAUGAAAAUCAGACGCAACAACAACAGCGUGAAAAGCUUCGUCGCUCAAAUGAAAAUGCUACAAAAAGCUCGCGGGCUUUGGCGUUCUGCGAGAGUUGUUGUCGAGAGAGACAACAAGAACCAGAGCAACAACAACAACAUGAGCAGCUGAAGCUGAAGCAGAAGCAAAGACAGAAGCAGCCUGGCAUUGUAGCUUUUUAUCGGUCGUAUGCGGAUUCAGUGUCUGAUUUGUCGUCGUAUCGUUUUGUCUCCGAUGAGGAAGAAGCCAGCGAUAAUGAUGCCGAUGCCGAUAAUGAUUACGAUGAUGAUGAUGCUGAUGACGAUGAUGACGUUGGCGUUAGCUCGCUGUUGGUCCCGUGUAUAGAAAUAGAACAACGCGAGCCAAAAACAUCAACUACCACACAACAAACAACAGCAACAACAACAACAACAACAGCAACAACUGAGACAACGGAUAAAGCCUUAAAAAAAGCUAAAACGUCAUACGCGUCAUCGCUUUCAGAAACGCGCACGUCUCGCAGCGUGUCACCAAUAAUUUGUUGUUAUAAAACUAUUGACAAGAAACGAAAUCAACGACAGUUAACUGAAUCAGCAGCUGAGCAGCCAGGACCUUGUUGGCCCGAUGACAGCCGAGGACAUUAUAAUAUUGGAUCCUAUUUGCGUUCCUAUCGCCGUUAUCCGCCGCCAGUUCCGCCCAAGCCCAAAUAUCGCAUCUGCCUUGAGGUGACCGCUUGCAGUGGUUUUCCCGAUGCGGAGCCCGCACUGAAAACUCGUCGUGUGGAAAGUGCUGGAAAUGGGAAACUAACCUACCCUUUGACUUGCCCUUUGUCGCCUUGUAGUGCGAGCAAUCCAUUGACGUCCACAGCUAAUCAUAACCGUGGAGACGGAAACGGAGACGAAAUUAGCAGCUGUUGUGAUUGGCAGAACGCGCCAGUGGCGGCUGAAAAUAGCUGCAAAUUGCAUGCCAUUGAGACAAAUAACAACAACUAUAACUGUAAAUUAGAGCCAACCUCUAACGGUGCUUUGCAAUCGAAUAAAACGAAUAGAACGUGCAUUCUACGCUACGAUCGUUACGGUCAUCUGAAACAAGAGAUUUCAUCGGAAACGGAGCCGGUGUCGGUAACGGUAUCGGAACGAGCGGAAACGGAAAUAAACCCAACAGUUACAGCCACCGAAAAGCGUUCGGAAUACGAUUUGACAGAACCGUCAGGAAGAAAACUUUCGCAUACGAAUUUGGCAAUUGCUGACGUUGCCGAUGUCCAUAUAGAUUUAAAUUUAUCAAAUGAUUUAAUCUCCGAUUGCAAUGAGAAAGGCGUCUUUAUAGACAGUUUAAACAGAUCUGCCAAUGUGUCGUUGCACUCAAACUCAACGUUUGCGAGUAUAUCACUCCAUAAUCUAACCUAUGCUAAUGGUUGUUUAGUGGACUAUACAAUACCACAGCACACGGUGCAAUUUAAACAACUUCCGGUUAUUCAAACUUUCGAUUGCUCUGCUUAUGCGUAUUCACCUCUAGGACAAAGGUGGGAAGCACAUCAGCGCACAAUGGACAAACGACGUAAUACUCUGGAUCGCUUUCAACGUUUAACUUUUGGACGCAAGUCAUCAUCAUCGGCUGGCUCCGAUGGUGCCUCCAAUUCGAAUGCAAGCGGCAGAGCAAGCGGUGCGGACAAGAAUCGCAAGACUUCCGAUAGAUCGGAGCGGCUGAAAGAGUUGACGGAACUUUUGCGUGGCAGCAACAGUUCGCGUGCCUCAUCGACGCCAACACCACCGCCAAUACCACCACCGCGACGUCCGCGAAUUUCACAUAUUGGAUCGGGGACAAGCAGCAUCGAGAUGCAGGAUGUGGCAGCCACAACAGCACAGCCAGUGUCAGCCUGUGCUGAUGAUCGCGAUGAGUCGUGUAGUCAAUUACAAAAGCAGAACAGCACAAAUAGCAGCAACAGCAACAACAGCAGCAACAACAACAGCAACAAUAAUAAUAAUAAUAUUAGUGGCAACGCACCCUCAACAGCCGCACGACUCUUUCACUCAAUUAGGCCAAACACGAGUCUCUCCAACUUGGAAGCUUUCAUGUUGGGCAAUCGCGAGAAGUCAAAAUCAUCGCCGCCACUGGCAGUAGGUGGCAGCAGCGAUGAGGUCGAGUCAGCCAGUAGCGAGUGGGCAACCCAGCUGUCCGGAGCAGAGACUCGCAGUGGAAUUAACACAAUAAACGCAACGAAGGCAAAAUUACCAUUUCGUUCUGUUUCGUUUUCACAAAUCGAUUGUAAAUCAACUUUAAGUGCUUUGCGCGAUCGACUGCGUCGGGACAAGGCCAUUGAGGCGCCCACAUCCACAGCCACAUCCACAUCCACAUCGAAUUAUAAUAGCAACAGUAAUACAAGUAGUUGUAACAAACCCAACGAAUCUGUCGAUCGGGUUAACGAUCGAACACGCAUUCCAGAUCCAGGUUGGGUCCAUAUACCACUGAAGAGUUCGGGGCUAUGCAUUAAUCUCAACUACGGGCAAGAGAAGUCACUUGAACACGUACUCGAAGACGUCCAGGACGCCAUACCCGAGGAGGAUAUCUUCAAUACGGACAGCAGCAGCAUCGCUGGUGUCCUCCCAGCAACGGCGAGCAGUGUCAUCGCGGCACACGCCAAGAUGGAGUCGCUCUCGGACACGGUCCACUCCGAGGGGGAGGGCAACACGAGCGAAGAGAGUCCGCCGGCAAUGAAGGUGACGGCAAUUGAGCCACCAACCAUUGUGGAGCCCGAGGGAAGUGGGGCCAGUUCACCCAACUUAUUAACACUAUUGGAAGAACCAUUUGAAAUUGACUGCCCGUCGGAUAAUGUCUUACAGACAGCCACAACUUGCCUAAUACCUGUUCCGGUUUACGAGUGUGCCGCCCAGGAGUGGCUGGAAACUCCAGCACAGGAAUGGGUACAGUUGGCCCCAGAGUUUGGCAUUGUGCCACAAACGACACAACCACCGAUCUCCCAUGCGGCAUGCAAGAUAACUCAACCAGAAACACUGACAACUGCAAUGCGUGGCGAUCUGUUGCCCACAAUCUCGGUGAGUCGCAGCUCCGAGGAGAGUGAUGACCGUGGUAAGGGAACCCCAUCGGGAACCUCACCCCAAGCGGACCACUGUGAUAUAUUCAAUCAAUCUGUGGAUGCAACCGUGGAGCAUCGACAACAGUAUAGCCAAGAUGAUCUGGAUUUGGAGCUGCGCAGUUCAGAUACAAUUGCCACGCCGAGGCACAGCUCUGGUGAGCGACACAAGCGGCACUUGGAUAAGUCUACGAAGCGGAAGGGAAUGUAUAUUGAUAACUCGGAUUGGCAUCAACGUGUCGAACCGCAUCGUGGCCUUCAAUUGGACAUAUCCAUUGCCAACUUUCAGGCCAUCAAGCCAGACUCACCGGAUGACAACAGUCCGGUGAUGUUUGAAAUGAACACGCCGGAACUGGAGAAGGGCUCUCCGGUGUGGAAAGGCUCACAGGAAAAGCCCAAAUUGCUAAGCAGCUUUAGUUGCCAGAGCAGUGAGGAGAAGGACGAUGCCAGCAGCAGCAACAACAACAGCAAAACCAACACUUUCCUGCAAACGGAUUCCAUGUCCGACACCGAGGAACGUGUCAGCUGGAGUCCAACGCCCAGCGGAGAUUAUGACCACAAGCGAUACUCGAAGCGUCCACUCACCGUUCGAGGUCCAUAUGGACAAAUGCUGGAGGCCGAACUGAAAAAACCCAAUCGCAUGCAUUUCGAGGAGAUACUUGAGGAAUUACGAGAGACAGACAGCCUGCACUCGCGCAGUGUUGUGACAAAGCCUUCAUCAGGCUCUACCCGCAGCAACAUGCCACAAUAUUCAAGCUCGAUGCGUGUGCGUAAAUCAAAUGAUCAUUUGCCGGUGCCGUCGCAUGCACGUGCGGCGUCGACUCCGUCGCAAAUUGAGCAUGUCAGCAAGGGGCCAACGUUGCCGAUUUCUGUUUCCGCCAAGGACCUCAACGAAACGUUAUCAGCCGCCGAUAAGCUGGCGCAGCAUCAAAUGAAACGUGCCGCAUCUGAGGCGCCCACAUCGAAAACGCAUCACAGCAAACGCAGCCAGUCGAUGAGUAAUGAUAACAAGAGUCAACACCAUCACAAUCAUCAUCAUCAUCAUAGCCAUGGCUCCAAGCGUAAUCCGGAUGUCAGCCCCACUGGCAGCAACAAGUCAAAGGUGCCACAUGCCACCAGCGUGCCACCGACAGCAGCUUUGUUGGCCGAGCUACUAAAAGGAUCCAGCGAGAAUAUGCUGUCCGAGCAGCGAAAGAAAACGAUUGCGGACACACGCAGCUAUGUGGUGCAGGAAAUUUAUAGGAACGAACAGUCCUAUGUGGAGUCCCUUCAAACCGUAGUGCUCAAGUAUCUAAAGGUAUUAAAGUCCCCGGAGCAUGCUGGCAUGAUAGAUACACGCACGGUGGAUGAGAUAUUCUUCAUGGUUCCCGACAUACUGGAGAUACAUGAAAAGUUUUUAAGUGAGUUGAAGCAACGGCUGGACGAUUGGGAUAUUCAGCAAAAGGUUGGAGAUGCCUUUAUGGAAACAUUCUCGAAACUGGAAGUUCUUGAAGUUUACACGUCGUUUGUUAACAAUUGUAAUCGGGCAAAGAAUGCCAUACGCUUGAUGAAGCACCAGCGACCCUCUUUCUCCAAGUUCCUGGAAUCCACGGCCCGCGAGCACAAAGGAAAACUCACCCUGGACAACCUACUCAUAAAGCCAGUACAAAAGUUUCCCAACUACGAGCUGCUCUUCCAGCGUCUGAUCAAGCAUACGGAUCAUGAUCAUCCAGACCAGAAACAUUUACAAGACGUGCUCAAGCUUGUCCAUGAUAUUCUGGUGCACAUCAAUUGUAAGGAGCGUGAGAUUAUGGAAAAUGGACAGCGUGAGGCGACUUUACGCGAAUUGGAGGGCGUCAUAGAGGGCAUUACCGAUUUAAUAGCUCCAGAGCGUCAAUUCUUAUUGUUCGAUUUAGUGUCCAUGCCAUCGGGUCAAGGUGCCCGCAAGGAUCGAGGAUUUUUCCUCUUCAAUGAUCUUCUGGUCUUGACGAGCAUCAAAAAGCGCAGUGGCACAAUAAGGAAACCCAAUAGCUCAAUUUGUCCCGGUUCAGUGGCUACCACUUUGGAUACCAACAAAUACAAGUUCCUUACGAAGAUUUCGUUAGAUUGCUUGGAGAUUGUCAAGACUAAAGAUGAAAAUAUCAAGCGCAUUGUUAGUGAAAUAGAAAACCUGGCUGAAGACUGCAACAAGCUGCAACAAAUCACAGAUAUUACGGCAUCCCUGAAGUAUCCACAUCAAUAUCUGGAAGAUGUCAUACGGGAACUACAUCGUGAUAUACAGCGCCAGUUAUCCGAGCGUCAGACAAACGAUACACAGCUAAAUAUGCUGGAGUUGACAGUGAGCUCUCCUAACGGAAGUCAGAAGCUGACAGUGGUAUUUUCCAAGACAGAAAAGCGAACUAAUUGGGAAGAGACUUUUAAUGAUGCUAAACAAAAACUGGCUGCCACACUCGAGCGUCAUCCCAUACCGGAAUUUCUCACAUCGAUUCCCAUACGGAAGACACGUGCGGGUCUUCAAUUUACCUGUGCGGCAGCCACGCUGAGCGACAAGCGUGAUGUUUGGGUGUGCAACAGCGAUGGGUAUGUGGGUCAGGUGUGCAUUAUGUCGUUGCAUCCGGAACCGAACGUAACCAGUUGCAAUGGUGUCUGCAAUGCACGCAUCCUCUGUGUGGCAUCGGUGCCCGCGUACAGCAGCAGUGAUGACUCAUCCAAUGCUGGACAGGAUGAUAAGUCACAGGAUUCGCGCAGCACACACAGCUAUACGCAGCAAUUGCGUGAUUAUCGCAAAAGCAUCUCCCCAAUUGCUCAGCCGGUUUCGGCGUUAACCUCUGCCGCAGCCUCGGUUUCGGUGUCAGCCUCCGCAUUGGCGACGCCGGAGAAAAAGAAAAUUCCCACGCCCAUUAUUGGCAAUGGCGCUGAUGGCGCCAGUCAAAGCAGUACUCAACUAGAUUUAAAUUUAAGCUCCAGCGAUGAUGAGGCGGAUGCUGGCCCAGCUGUGCAACUAGAGCAACGUGUCCCCAGCCCUGCACCUUCAUUGCAUGCCACAUAUCAUAUGCAGCAAGACUCCAACCCCGAAGAAAGCGAAUGCAAUCAAUCGACCAUGUGGAUUGGGACUGAAGACGGCUGCAUUCAUGUCUACAAUAGCACCGAUAACAUUCGCAUCAAGAAAAAUCGAAUUAAGAUUGAACAUCAUUCAGCUGUAUUUUCUAUUCUUUAUCUGGACAAUCGUGUUUUUGUAUCCUUGGCUAAUGGUGAUAUCUGUGUUUAUCUCCGAGAUGGCGCCACAUCUUGGAAUACAAGCCUUUCGCAUUGUCUCUCAAUUGGCACAGUGACCAGCCCGGUGACAAAACUGCUUAACGUCAAUGGCAAGUUGUGGUGCUCCAUACAGGGAAUUAUUAAGGUUUUGGAUACUGAAUCAUUUUCGGUUAUUAAUCAAAUUCAAAUAUCAUCGGACUCAAAGCCAAUUACGAACAUGACAGUUGCCAAUAACUAUGUGUGGAUAUCCAUACAGAACUCAGCACACAUUAAAUGCUUUCAUUCCAAUACACAUCAGUUGAUUACUGAAGUAAAUCUUGCUCCAGCCGUGAAUAAGAUGUUGUCGAAUUGUGACGAGAUUAUUCGACAACAUAAAGCCGCUUGCCUUCGUGUAACUUCGCUGCUGUGCUGUAAGGAUCUCAUUUGGAUCGGGACCAGUGCCGGCGUGUUGUUGACAAUACCCACCCAGAGCUAUGAGAAGGGAGCUCACAACAUUGUGCCCACGGGCAUACCACAUGGUCAUACCGGACAUGUGCGAUUCCUAACCUUUGUGGAGACACCGUCGCCUGAAGUUGGAUCCCAAAUGUUGGCAGCUGCAGCGGGACGUGACACUGGUAGCGGCACCAGUGAUGAGUACACCAAACAAGGUUCAACGAAGAACUCAAAAUCCAAGUCGGAAACCAAAAAUAUACUUAUCAUAUCUGGUGGCGAUGGCUACGAAGAUUUUCGUAAUUCUGGUGCCAAUUCGCUUAGUGAGAUUGCGGGACGCGAGGACAGCACCAAUCAUUUAUUAAUAUGGCAAAUUUGAAGCAGAAGGCGUAAAAAUCGCUGGCGGUUAUUGCUUUCCAGAUGGAAAAAUAACAACUGAAGUCAACUUGAAAAUAAACUUAAAAAUGUUUAU